ACUUUAGCAACGGAAUGGAGGUGAUGUCCUUCCUGGUGAGGGGGUGCUACAGCUUGAAACACAUCCAGCAAGCUCAUGGGCUGAUGGUAACCCUAGGCCUUGAGGAGGCUCGAUUCAUCGAGGCCUGCUCUUCUCUUGGCUUCUCGAGCUACGCCUGCUCCGUCUUCACCCGCAAUCCGCAGCCAAACAUUAAUCUCUACAACACCAUGAUCAAGGCUCUACCUCCCUCCGAUGCCAUUUCCGUCUAUACCAGUAUUCAAGCAGCCGGGUUGCGCCCCGAUACCUACUCGGUCCCCUUGGUGCUCAAGGCCGUGGUUCGCCUGGGCGCAGUUGGAAUAGGUAGACAGGUGCACUGCCAUAGCAUCGUCACUGGGUUGGACACCCAUGUCAGCGUGGUCACUGCCCUCAUUCACAUGUACUCCUCUUGUGGCUCCGUUUUCGACGCUCGCAGAUUGUUCGACGGAGCUGCCUUCAGGGAUGUCGCUCUCUGGAACGCAAUGAUCGCCGGAUAUGCGAAACUGGGUCAUGUAGAUAGUGCCCGCCAUGUGUUCGAAACAAUGCCCCUUAAUAAUAGCAAUGUCAUUUCUUGGACUGCUCUCAUUGCCGGAUAUGCUCAGGUCAACCGUCCCACCGAAGCCAUCAUGGUCUUCCGGAGAAUGCAGCUUCACAAUGUUCAGCCUGAUGAGAUAGCGAUGCUGGCCGCGCUCUCUGCUUGUGCCCAGUUAGGUGCCCUCCGUCUCGGGGAGUGGAUCCAUAACUACAUUCAGAAACAUGGAUUUCGUGAGCUGUCUUCUCUCAACAAUGCUCUCAUAGACAUGUACGCCAAGUCGGGUAACAUAAGAAAAGCCCUUCAAGUUUUCCAUAGCACCAAUCAUAAAACUGUGAUAACUUGGACGACCAUGAUAGCUGGACUUGCCCUGCAUGGUCUUGGAACACAAGCCCUUGACAUGUUUUCUCAAAUGGAAAGGGCUCAAAUCGCACCCAACCACAUUACUUUCAUUGCCAUCCUUUCUGCUUGUAGCCAUGCCCACUUGGUUCAAACGGGCCUUCGCUAUUUUGACAUCAUGGUUUCAAGGUAUCGGAUUCAACCCAAAAUCAUGCACUAUGGCUGCAUGGUUGAUCUACUUGGGCGUGCCGGUUAUCUUCAAGAGGCACAACAACUUGUUAGGCAGAUGCCAUUUGAAGCAAAUGCGGCUAUAUGGGGAUCUCUUCUUGCUGCUUCAAACAUUCAUGGAAAUGAUGAGCUUGGGGAGCAUGCUUUACAGAAUCUAAUAAAGUUAGAGCCCCAGAAUAGUGGAAAUUAUUCACUUUUGUCUAAUACAUAUACUGCUCUGGGUAGGUGGAAUGAUUCUAGGAUGCUAAGGAAAGUGAUGAGGGACAAUGGUGUGAAGAAGAUGCCAGGCAGGAGUUCCAUAGAAGUGAAUAGCAGAGUUCAUGGAUUCAUUGCAGGAGACAAAUCACAUUCCGAGAGAGAAAAGAUUUAUGAAGUCCUUUACAAGCUUCUCUCACAGUCUACGUUGGCUUGCCAUCCGCAACAAGACUGUGGGGAGCUGCUUGAAUUCGAUGCAUAGGCCACUGGACACUAUGUCAUAUGUCAUUCCUACUCAAUUAAUCUGUGCAACAUUUAGGUUCUUAACACUUUCAGAAUCUGAUCUUACUUGGGAUGUUGGUUGUCAGUGGAGGAGGUUUGCUGCAUCAGGAUAUCUGUACCAGCCUUUUCAUCGCCAAGAAGAGCAUUAAACCAAGGAAGAAUUCCUGCUCAAAUCCCAAGUCAUGAAAUCCUAAUCCUAGAAGAGCACUGGCCCAUAAUAUCUGAAUUUUCUGUUGAAGAAGCCGGCACGUUCCUGAUAAAAACAGAGCAACAGAGAAUUGUGAAGACAAGCACUAUUGCGUAAUUAUUAGGAGAU